ACGUAGAGGUUAAAGUUCCACUCAGUGAUAACAACAUCUCGCAGCUUCCAUGCUGCAACGAGGCGAAUAAAGGGAAUUUAAACAGCUCUGUGUGUGGUUGCUGGUUAGUUGACUAAGGAGUAAAAAGACCAAUGGAGCUCACGGCUGUUUGUGUGUAGAAAUUGCUUUGGGUUUUAACUAUCGGACUGCUGACUGCGAGAAAUAACCACUGGAUGAAGGAGCGUUCACAGGAUGAUGUCUGUGACUUGACUGUAACAGAACCAGAGAAUGUGCAGACAGAGGAGGUGGAGCUGACCAGUGAGAGUGUCAACAGAGACAGUGAGAGAGUGGGACCGGACUGCUUUGAGCUUCUGACUGUACUCGGAAAAGGAGCCUAUGGCAAGGUUUUCCAGGUGAGGAAGGUUCAAGGUGCUCAGACUGGGAACAUAUUUGCUAUGAAGGUCCUGAAAAAGGCGAAGAUAGUGUGUAAUGCAAAAGACACAGCCCAUACACGAGCAGAGCGGGAGAUCCUGGAGACCGUGAGACACCCGUUCAUCGUGGAUCUGCUCUACGCCUUCCAGACUGGAGGAAAACUCUACCUCAUACUCGAGUGUCUGAGUGGAGGGGAGCUGUUCAUGCAGCUAGAGAAGGAGGGAAUCUUCAUGGAGGACACUGCUUGUUUCUAUCUAGGAGAGAUCACAUUGGCUCUGGGUCACCUUCACUCUAACGGGAUCAUUUACCGAGACCUCAAACCUGAAAACAUCAUGCUUAAUCACCAAGGACACAUCAAGCUAACUGACUUUGGCCUCUGUAAGGAAUCCAUUCAUGAUGGAACCGUCACACACACCUUCUGUGGCACCAUAGAGUACAUGGCUCCAGAGAUCCUGACCAGGUCGGGUCACAACAGAGCUGUAGACUGGUGGAGUCUCGGAGCCCUGAUGUACGAUAUGAUGACCGGAUCGCCUCCAUUUACAGCUGAAAACAGGAAGAAGACCAUGGAUAAGAUCCUAAAGUGUAAAAUCAAUCUGCCUCCAUACCUGACCAUCGAUGCCAGGGACCUCAUCAAGAAGUUGUUGAAGAAGAGUGCAGCCCAAAGACUUGGCUCCAGUAAAGAAGACUGUGCCGAUAUCCAGAAGCAUCCGUUCUUCAGGCAUAUCAACUGGGAUGACCUGCUGAAUAAGACCGUAGAGCCGCCUUACAAGCCACAGCUGCAGUCAGACGAGGACGUGAGCCAGUUUGACACGAUAUUCACCCGACAGACCCCAGUGGACAGUCCUGACGACACAACACUUAGUCACAGUGCAGAGCUCGCCUUUGCUGGUUUCACCUAUGUGGCUCCAUCUGUCCUAGAGAGUCUAAAAGAAGGCUUCUCAUUUGAACCCCGAACGCACCCUGUACGCAGACACAACAGCAGCCCACGCACACCCAUCAGUCCUAUGAAAUGUUCCUCAGCGGGACCUUUCAAGACCAGCAUGGACAGGGAGCCGGAUGUUUUCCCCCCCACCUCACCUCCAGCAGCUUCAGGUCAUGCCUCACUGGAAAACGGAGGGGCCAGUCAGCCGAUCCGGACUCCUGCAAGAAACAAGAAGCAGAAGGGACACCGGAGAUGAGGAGAAAUCUUUCAAACAGCCAGCCUGCGAUUCAAAUCCUUGGUCAGAUUAAACAUUUUCAUAGUAAAUGGGCAGUUUUUUUUUGUGCUGGUUUACUGAUUUGUAUUUGGUGUGAUUCAAGUUAAAGGUUCCUUAAAAAGACAAAAUCAAAAGUGGAAAGUUUAAAUUAUUUUUACUGCUUUUCUCUCGCAUUCAUUUAUGAAACAGAUUAGGUAUUAUGAUGGUUUCUGUUCUGUUUGUUAUCUAGAGGGAGAUUACUUCACUUCACUGGAUCAACGUGGAAUUGUAAUGCUUUUACUUUGAUUUGUCUCAGGUGGUUACAGUAUUGUAAUAAGCUAUAAAGAGGCCCUAUUGUGCUUUUUUGAGUUUCAUUUUCCUGUAGUGUUUUAUAGGUUUUUGUGCAUGAUGGUCUGCAAAGGAAAAAAUCCCAAAGUUCCCUCCAGAGGGAGUUUCUCUCCCCCCCUGCCUGAAACGCCUCCAUUGGACUCCUUUUUUUUAGCGUCUGUAACAUAAUGACAUCACUAUGAAUUAUGACGAGAUAGGCUGAGGGGCUGGACAUCUUUAACUGGUUGACCAAUCACAACAGAGCCGGCCAGCUAACCAAUCAGAGCAGACUGGGCUCUUGUUUCAGACAGAGGGUGAAAAGAGGUGCUGCAGCACAGGCAGUAUGAGAAAAGGUUUAAGCCUAAAGACCUUUUUGAACAUUAAAGCAUGUAAACAUGUCAUACUAGAGCCACAAAAUACAAAUAUGAACCUCAAAAUGAGCAUAAUAUGUCCUCUUUAAUUUUCAGCAUCCAUAUGUCUGCACUUAUAGUUCACACGUGAAACAAUCACAUAAUAUCAAUAUUUUCAAAAAAGAGGAACAAAUGUUUCUUCUUCACCAACUUCACUCGAUCUAUCAUGAGCAGUGAGCGUUAAGUAAAAGAUUGGUAAAAGUGCUUCAUGUACAUGCUAGAACAACCACUGUAAAGGCAAGCUUUUACAUAAAGCUCUUUCGGUUUAAUUUGUACAUUAGCCUUUGAUUAGUUCACUAGAGUCGAAAUGAACUGCGAAAAGGACCUUCAGCCACCGGGUUAUCAAGUAAAAUUAACCUCACAGGCUUAAAGUAGUUUGAUUUGUUCAUAUGUUUGGGGUGGGAUUAUACCAUAGAAAUCUACUGAAUUAAAGGCUGCAUCGCACAAGGAAAAAGUAUUUACCAAUGAUCUUAAGUGAGCUUUUCUUUGUGAAAAUAAGCUGCAAGUCAUCAGUGUUUCUCAUUGCACUGAGCUUUCUUAACAGAAUCUUCAUGACUACUGCCAAAGCUUUGAACACAUCCUGUUAUAUUGUACAAAAAUACUAUAUUCAAUUAUACUUGACAAGAGGGUUAUACUUUAUUUAGUAAUUUGGGUGAAUAAAUAGGUUGUGACCUAUACUCUUUUAUCAAAAUCUGCCCCAUUUAUAACAAUUAAAACAUUACCAUGUGUUCACAUUAACACAAACCUGAAUAUAAUUAGUACAAUGUACAUUCAAGGCAGCCUGUUAGAAGCUGUCAUCAUAGGAAACUAAUAUAAUGUAUAAAAAGUAUUUUGCGUUUCUAAACAAACCUAUUUUUACAUGUAAAAGUAUACGAAAAAACAAAACAAAAACUACAAAGUCAACAGGUUAUGAAAUCAAUGAUGCCAAAAUCCUCAGUCUCUGGAUUGUGAUUUUAGUUUUUCUGUUUUUAGUAUAAUGGCUCAUAGUUUGACGUCGUAGAUCAAAGCAACCCUGACCCAUGUCACUGUCUUGUUACAGGAAAAUAAAAACAUUUAAUCUUACGUGAUUCUUUAACCCAAUUAUUAUGGCAACUGAGACAAAAUUAUCUUCAGAAGUGCAAUAUAUCAUGUUAUAUUACGUUAAGGAAAUAAAGUGAAUGUUAAAUUCUUUGUUAAACAAUCUAUGAACUAUACAGCUUUAAAAUCAUUACCAUCUAUCCAGUAAUGUACGAUUUGACAUAAUGGAGAAGUAUUGUUUGUAUUAAAGAGGUGGAAAGGUUCUUGUGUUUGAACAACUUACACAUUGAUGUGAAGGGAGUAACAUGCUUAUAUUUGUUGGCUAAAUCAUGCAUUAGCUUUAACAUGUUCCCUCUGUAUUUUGGUGUUUACUGGAGAAUAAAGAUUUUUUUUCCCGGUGUAAAGUAUCUCUUGAAUAGCAUAAAGACCCAAAGUGUUCAAUAUUACAUCAAUGAAUAAUACAUCUUGAAAAAAGAAUCAUGUGAAUACUGUAAAUUAAAGUGUUUGUUCCCCAGAAGAUAAAACCCAAAUGAUUUUCAUGAUCUUCUGAUUUCUACUGAAUGUACUUGAUGGUGGCAAACGUUAGCAUGCUAAUCUAAGAUGAUAAUCAUGAUAUACAUUAAGGGUUAAGGCCUACCUUCUUAACAUCAGCAUAUAAGUAUUACGUAUCGUCCACACGGUUCCGUUGCAUGCUUCCCAUUCAUUUUGAAUGGGGUGGUCACACUUUGCCGAACUGCAUUGUGGUUCGGUUGCUUCACUUUCCCUUAAAUUUGAGAAAGGUUCUACUUUUCAAGCGUCGACGGAAGCGCCAGCCAAUCAAAUCAUAUGCCAGUACAAGCGCUAGCCAAUCAAACUUUGUGCUUGUGUGUCCGGGGCGGGAGAUUAAUGUGAUUGGUUGUUGGUCGCACGCCAGACACGCUCACCGGCAAAAGCUUCAAUGCGACAGAACCGUGUGGACGAUACGUUACCAUUGAUAUCAUGCUAACAUGCUGACAAAAAAUUACCAACAAAUAAAUAAUAUUUCCUAA